UCUUUAUCAGUCAUCCAUGAUGAGUCUGCAGAUUUCUUUGCUAGCAGGAGUAUUGAAUUCCAAAAUACCGAGUUAGCCAUUCAGAGCCUCGGAGAAAUGAGCUUCCAGAAUGCAGUCCUUGUUCAGGUAGAUAUAUGGAGAUCUUGUACAAUGUCCUCCCUGAAACAUCUCCGAAUCUCCCCAUCUGCCCAGCAAAAUGCCCUUGUUGGACAGCUCCAGAAGCGGUGACACUGUCACUGGCAGCAUUCGUCCUGGUGCUUCUCGUCUACAAGAACUCGAUUCCUUCACACAGAUAGAUACUCCACAACAUGAUGUGAAUAGACGACAAAGACUUGUAGUUGUGGGACUGGGUAUGGUCGCAGUUGCAUUCAUUGAGAAACUCAUCAAGUUAGAUUCAGAGAAGCGCAAGUACGACAUUGUGGUGAUCGGAGAAGAGCCUCACGUUGCUUACAACCGUGUGGGCCUUUCCUCCUUCUUCGAACACCGCAAGAUCGAAGACUUGUACCUCAAUCCAAAGGAGUGGUACGGCUCAUUCAAAGACCGAUCCCUUGAUUAUCACCUCAAUACUAGAGUCACCGAUAUCUUUCCCCAACACAAAACAGUCAAAACCUCCGCCGGUGACAUUAUCUCGUACGAUACGCUUGUCCUCGCUACAGGUUCAGAUGCAGUUCUCCCAACAAACACCCCAGGCUACGAUGCCAAGGGGAUCUUCGUCUACCGUACAAUCUCGGAUCUGGAACGGCUCAUGGAAUUCGCUUCUGCUCAUAAAGGCGUAACAGGAGUCACAGUUGGAGGAGGACUGUUGGGCUUGGAAGCUGCCAAGGCGAUGACGGAUUUGGGCGACUUUGGAAGCGUCAAGCUAAUCGACCGUAACAAAUGGGUGUUGGCUCGGCAACUUGACGGUGAUGCAGGCACUCUUGUCACUAAAAAGAUCAGAGAUCUUGGCCUACAAGUGCUACAUGAGAAACGGGUAGCAAAAAUUCACACUGACGACGACAACAAUGUCACGGGUCUUCUCUUUGAGGAUGGUGAAGAACUCGCCUGUUCCUGUAUCUGUUUUGCUAUCGGAGUUCGACCACGAGAUGAAUUGGGGGCAAUGGCGGGGAUUCAAUGUGCGAAACGGGGUGGCUUUGUUAUCGACAAACGUUUACAAACCUCUGUUGAUGACAUUUAUGCUAUCGGCGAAUGCGCCAGUUGGGAGAAUCAAACCUUUGGUAUCAUUGCUCCUGGUAUCGAGAUGGCGGAUAUCCUUUCUUUCAACCUAACAAACAUGGACAAAGAGCCCAGAAGCUUUAAACGACCCGAUCUAAGCACAAAGUUAAAACUUUUGGGCGUUGAUGUUGCUAGCUUUGGUGACUUCUUUGCUGAUAGAGAUGGGCCGAAGUUCCUUCCUGGCCGACGGCCUUCCCUCUCGGAUGCGCGAGCACCAGAUGCCGUUGUUGAGAAAGAACCUCUAGUGAAAGCCCUCACAUACAGAGACCCCUUUGGGGGUGUUUACAAAAAGUAUCUGUUCACUAUGGAUGGGAAAUACUUGCUUGGUGGUAUGAUGAUUGGUGAUACCAAAGACUAUGUGAAAUUGAACCAGAUGGUCAAGACACAGAAGCCGCUAGAGGUACCACCAAGUGAGUUUAUCCUUGGUGCCCAGAGUCGCGGGGAGGAGAAUGCAGAUGACCUUGAUGACAGCACUCAGAUCUGCUCAUGCCACAAUGUAACAAAGGGUGACGUAGUCGAAAGCGUCAAGAGCGGUGCCUGCAAAACAAUGGCAGAUGUCAAGUCAUGCACUAAGGCAGGUACCGGUUGUGGUGGCUGUAUACCACUCGUGCAGUCAAUUUUCAACAAGACCAUGCUGGACAUGGGUCAAGAGGUCUCGAACCACUUGUGUAUGCAUAUUCCAUAUUCGCGAGCCGAUCUCUAUAACGUCGUCGCAAUCAAACAACUGAAGACCUUUGGCGAUGUAAUGAAAGGAGUCGGGAAAUGUCCGGAUUCCCUUGGAUGUGAGGUCUGUAAACCGGCCAUUGCAUCGAUCCUUGCCAGUCUUUUCAACCAGCACGUCAUGGAUAAGGAAUAUCAUGAGUUGCAAGACACGAACGAUAGGUUCCUUGCAAAUAUUCAGAGAAACGGCACAUUUUCCGUUGUUCCUCGUGUGCCAGGUGGUGAAAUUACCGCGGACAAAUUGAUCGCCAUUGGCCAAGUGGCAAAGAAGUACGGCCUGUACUGCAAAAUUACCGGUGGUCAGCGUAUAGAUAUGUUUGGGGCGAAGAAACAAGAUUUACUCGAUAUCUGGUCCGAACUCGUCGAUGCUGGUCUGGAGAGUGGCCAUGCAUAUGCCAAGUCACUGCGAACAAUCAAGAGUUGCGUGGGAACCACCUGGUGUCGUUUUGGGGUAGGAGACAGUGUUGGGAUGGCUAUUCGACUAGAGCAACGUUACAAGAGUAUCCGAGCUCCUCAUAAGAUGAAAGGAGCCGUUUCUGGCUGUGUACGAGAAUGUGCGGAGGCACAAAACAAGGACUUUGGUUUGAUUUCCACUGAAAAGGGCUACAAUAUCUUUGUUGGAGGCAACGGUGGUGCCAAACCCCGACACUCAGAACUACUUGCAAAGGAUGUGCCUCCGGAGCAAGUGAUUCCCAUUCUUGAUCGGUACCUCAUAUUCUACAUCCGAACUGCAGACAAGCUCCAGCGUACUGCCAGGUGGCUCGAAACCCUUCCGGGUGGGGUUGAUUACCUUCGAGACGUGGUUAUCAAUGACAAACUCGGAAUCGGGGCGGAGAUGGAACAGCAGAUGGAGGACCUCGUAAGCAGUUACUUCUGUGAGUGGACAGAAACGGUCAAGGACCCCAAACGCCGCAAGUACUUCCAGCAAUUUGCCAAUACCGAUGAGACUCUUGAAACUGUCGAAAUUGUUCGAGAACGUGACCAACAGCGUCCAACCUACUGGCCCAAGGAUGGAGCAAAGGAGGAUUUCAAAAACCAUCAGUGGACCAGCCUUUCAUGGCAACCUGUCAUCAAAGCAGACUACUUCUCGGAUGGCCCUCCCGCAAUUUCAUCCGCAAAUAUCAAGCGUGGAGACACGCAACUAGCCAUCUUCAAGAUCAAGGGCAAGUACUACGCCACACAGCAGAUGUGCCCCCACAAAAGGGCUUUCGCCCUGUCCGACGGGCUAGUCGGUGACGACGACGCGGGCAAGUACUGGGUGUCGUGCCCGUACCACAAGCGCAACUUUGAACUCAACGGCGAGCAGGCGGGUCGGUGCUCGAAUGACGAAGCCAUGACCAUUGCGACGUUCCCAGUUGAACCCCGGGACGAUGGAUGGAUCUACAUGAAGCUCCCUCCGGUCGACGAGCUGGACUCCGUUUUGGGCACGGAGAAAUGGAAAGUGAAGAAGGGGGAAGCUGCGGAUCCAUUCGAGGCGUAUGACAGGCGAUCCAAGGGGAUGAGGGGGAAGAAGGCAGGUGAGAAGGGAUCGGUGCGUGCCACGAACCGGAUUGACUGGUAGUGGAAUCGAGAUCAAUGACUUGAUUUGUUUUAUGAUAAGUAGACACUGUUUACUAGACUAGAAUUAUACCUAAGAAUCUAC